UGUUCAGAAAUAUUGACUGUUCUGUUAUUUCUUAUUGUAGCUGAGUGAGCUGUGACUUACAUCUAAAAUGAGUCUCUCUGGGGAGAGAGAGGAGGAGACCACUGCCUCUAAAAUGAGUCUCUCUGGGGAGAGAGAGGAGAAGACCACUGCCUCUAAAAUGAGUCUCUCUGGGGAGAUAGAGGAGGGGACCACUGCCUCUAAAAUGAGUCUCUCUGGGGAGAGAGAGGAGGGGACCACUGCCUCUAAAAUGAGUCUCUCUGGGGAGAUAGAGGAGGGGACCACUGCCUCUAAAAUGAGUCUCUCUGGGGAGAGAGAGGUGGAGACCACUGCCUCUAAAAUGAGUAUCUCUGGGGAGAGAGAGGAGGAGACCACUGCCUCCAAAAUGAUUCAAGACACCAGUUCUAAGAGUGUCCAGACGCCCAGAGCAGAGUCACCUACAACCAGCCUGCUAUCAAUGAAGAGUGAUCAGCCACCUGAUUUCAGCCAGGAACCAUUACCAGAUGACAAUAAGGAAGUGGAGAGUUUGGGCAGUGAGGAUGCAUUAAAGAUCACACACAACCUUCUGGACAGAAGAAGUCAAACUCUGCUGACAGUCCAACAAGACAUUAAGGCUAAACUGAAACACAAGUAUCAACACAUAUCUGAAGGAAUUGGACACCAUGGAAACCAAAGUCUGUUCAAGGACAUCUACACAGAGCUCUACAUCACAGAGGGUGGAAGUGGAGGGCUCAAUAAUGAACAUGAGGUUAGACAGAUAGAAAUGGCAUCCAAGAAACAAACCACACAAGAGACACCAAUCAAAUGCAAUGACAUCUUCAAGCCUUUACCUGCACAAGACAAACCUAUCAGAACUGUGCUGACAAAAGGAAUCGCUGGCAUUGGAAAAACAGUCUCUGUGCAGAAGGUCAUCCUUGACUGGGCAGAGGGAAAAGCAAAUCAGGACAUUAAUUUCAUGUUUCCUCUUCCUUUCCGUGAUCUGAACUUGAAAAAGGUCCAAUACAGUCUGAUGCAACUUCUUUCCCACUUCUUCUCAGAGCUGAAAAAGAUUGACAGCAUUGAAGAUGGUGAAACCAAAACUGUUUUCAUUUUUGAUGGUCUGGAUGAGUGUCGACUUCCUCUAGACUUCAAAAACAAUGAGAAGUGCUGUGAUGUCAUGAAGCCAACCUCAGUGGACGUGCUGCUGACAAACCUCAUCGAGGGGACUGUGCUUCCCUCUGCUCUCCUCUGGAUAACCUCACGGCCUGCAGCAGCCAAUCAGAUCCCUCCUGAGUGUAUUGACAAGGUGACAGAGGUACGAGGGUUCAAUGAUCCACAGAAGGUGAAGUAUUUCAGGAAGAAAAUCACAGAUCAGAAUCUGGCCAAUGAAAUCAUCAAACACAUGAAGAAAUCAAGGAGCCUCCACAUCAUGUGCCACAUACCAGUCUUCUGUUGGAUAUCAGCCACUGUCCUUGAGAUGAUGCUGAAAGAGAAAGAGAAGGAUGAAGUCCCCAAAACUCUGACCCAGAUGUACUCACACUUCAUUCUCAUCCAAAUCAUUGUGAAGAACAAUAAGUACAACAAAGCCACAGAGACAAACCCAAAGGAACUGUCUCAGUCAGACAAAGAGAUGAUCCUGAAACUGGCAAAGCUGGCUUUCCAACAGCUGCAGAAGGGCAACCUGAUCUUCUAUGAGGAGGACCUGAGAGAGUGUGACCUUGAUGUCACAGAGGCAUCAGAGUACUCAGCAUUGUGUACAGAGAUCUUUAAAGAAGAAUCUGGGCUGUACCAAGAGAAGGUCUACAGCUUUGUACAUCUGAGCAUUCAGGAGUUUCUAGCAGCAGUUCAUGCUUUAGAAUCAUGUCUGGACAAGAAGGAAAAUGUGUUCUCCCCCAAAGCAGUCACUAAGGGUCAAGACAAUUAUGAAAAGAGCCGACACAAAUUCUGGUCAUACAAGUUGACGUCCGACAAGUUGACGUCCAACAAGUUGACAUCCGACAAGUUGACUUCCGACAAGUUGACUUCCGACAAGUUGACUUCCGACAAGUUGACGUCCGACAAGCUGACGUCCAACAAGUUGACGUCCGACAAGCUGACGUCCGACAAGUUGACAACCGACAAGUUGACGUCCGACAAGUUGACGUCCGACAAGUUGACGUCCAACAAGUUGACGUCCGACAAGCUGACGUCCGACAAGUUGACAACUGACAAGUUGACGUCCGACAAGUUGACGUCCGACAAGUUGACGUCCGACAAGUUGACAACUGACAAGUUGACGUCCGACAAGUUGAUGUCCGACAAGCUGACGUCCGACAAGUUGACAACUGACAAGUUGACGUCCGACAAGUUGACGUCCGACAAGUUGACGUCCGACAAGUUGACGUCCGACAAGUUGACAUCCGACAAGUUGACGUCCGACAAGUUGACAACUGACAAGUUGACGUCCGACAAGUUGACGUCCGACAAGUUGACGUCCGACAAGUUGACAACUGACAAGUUGACAUCCGACGAGUUGACAACUGACAAGUUGACGUCCGACAAGUUGACAUCCGACAAGUUGACGUCCGACAAGUUGACGUCCGACAAGUUGACGUCCGACAAGCUGACGUCCGACAAGUUGAGGUCAGACGAUGAUGAUGAUUCCGAUGAUGAUGAAGAAGAAAAUGAUGACGACGAUGAAGAGGAGUCAAUCCAGUUGUCUGACUUACACAGGAGAGCAGUGGACCAGGCCUUGAAGAGUGAGAAUGGACACCUGGACCUGUUCCUCCGCUUCCUUCUGGGUCUCUCACUGGAGUCCAAUCAGAAUCUGUUACGAGGCCUUCUAACACAGGUAGGAAGUACAACACAGACCAAUGAGGAAACAGCUGAGAGAACAGUCAGGUACCUUUCAGACAAGAUCAACCAGGAAUCCUCACCAGAAAGGAUCAUCAACUUGUUCCACUGUCUGAAUGAACUUGGUGCCAACUCUCUAGUUGAAGACAUGCAGACCUCCCUGCGAUCAGGAACUCUUUCAGAAACAAGACUAAAACCUGACCAAUGCUCGGCCCUGGCCUACCUGUUACUGAUGUCAGAGGAGGUGCUGGAGGAGUUUGACCUGAAGACAUACAACACAUCAAAGGAAGGUUGUCAGAGGUUGCUGCCGGUAGUGAAAACCUGCAGGAGAGCACGACUGGAUCACUGUAAACUCACAUAUGAAUCCUGGGAGACUCUGACCUCAGCUCUGCAGACACCAAACUCCCCCCUGAGAGAACUGGACCUCAGCUACAAUGACCUGGGAGACAGAGGAGUGGAGCUGCUCUGUGUUGGACUAACCAGUCCACUCUGCAACAUACAGACACUAGUGUGAGUUAACUUUUGUCAAUAGGGGGUGCUAUUUGCACUUUGUAAUAAUUUCGUUCCCAAAUUAAACUGCCUCGUACUCAAUUCUUGCUCGUACAAUAUGCAUA